AUGAGUGCCAAUAAUGGUGUCACCGGAAAACUCUCUAGUAGGGUUAUGAAUAUGAAGUUUAUGAAAUUCGGUAGAACAGAUGACGACGAAAGUUCCAACUCCAACACACCCUCUAAUACCAAUUCAGACGUAGAAUCCACAGAGCAAAAAAGGAAAUUGUUUGGACGAGAUAACUCAGAAUGGGACCUCAAUAACUAUAAUGACGAUGUGAAACAAAUCUUAGGCAAGGAGAAGAAAAAAGUGAAAAAAGUAAUAUAUAAGAAGCGACACCAUCUUAUAGUUUCCAACGUCGGUUAUAGUGAAUUGCGAAAAAGUGAUGGUGUAAUAAGUGGAAGAAAGACUUUUGGUGACGAUACUGGUGAUACAAAUUCUAAGAAGAGAAAGCUAGAGGAAAAUGAACAAGAUGAGGAAGAAAGAAGUGAUGUUACAGGAAACCAAGAUAAAGGAGAGGAUGAAUAUGACCUGGAUAAACUAUUCAAAAAUAGCAACAAGAAGAGAAAGAAUACACAGAACAGUAAGAAUAAAAAUAAAAAUAAAAAAUAA